AACGUUUUCCAGUACGACUGUAUUUUGUAGCAGCCGCAAUGCCGUAGUUCCUGUUGAUCGGCCAGGAAAGCGAAGAAGCAAGUGAAGGAAUCGCUGAAAAAAAAGAUGUGCGGAUACUUUUACCGUUUGUACGGCUCCCGCUUAUCCUACGGCCGCACGGAGUAAAACAUCAGCGGCAACAACACGUACAAGCAAUGUGCGGAAGGCGUCAGCCCGCCGAUGACGUUUCUGACCGCGGCCUGUACUCUGUGGGUAAACAAAUCUCCAGAUGCAGCUUGAUGUGAUCGCUGUCCUCCGGCCCAGAUGUCGACGAACGCGCUCGCUGCCUGCUUGCAGCAGGCCAAUCACCUGAUCCAGACGGCGAGGCAGCAGCCGGGCAAACUGUGCCGCGACCAGCGCAAAGAGAAAUGCCCGUCGUUGCAGCAGAGGCUCACCGACCUCUUCCUGUCGGAGUGCAGUUUCAACCCACGGAAUAAGAGCCUGUACAGCGGUUCCCACCUCCUCAGCAAGCUUGUCUCCAAAGAGAAGCUCAACUGCCUGGUGCUGAACCUGUACCCGGGCAACGAGGGCUACUCCCUCAUGCUCAAGACCAGGACAGGCACUGAGACAGAGACCGUGCGGCUGCCCUACGAGGAAGAUGAGUUGCUACGCUACAUCGACAAUGAGGAGCUUGCUCCAGUUCUGGUGGACCUUCUGGAGCGAUCUCAGGCCCCGGUGUUCUACAGCGGCUGCGUGAUAGUCGAGGUGCGCGACCACCGAAGGUGUUCGUCGAGCCUGGGCACCCACGCCUGCCACCACGUGCUCCUGAAGCCCACCACCCAGUCGGUGCUGUGCGACGUGGGCCUGCUGGUGUGCCAGGACGGCCAGGGCUGGAGCCUGGAGGACCGGGUGUCCCUGGAGGCGGCCCUCGUGCUGGCCACCUCCGAGCCCCUGUGCCUCGAGCCGUCCGUCGGCGUGGCCGUGCUCUCCAACUGGAUGCAGCACCGCAAGGGGCGCCUCAGCUCGCACGCCGUGCACAGGAUGGCCCGGCGGCAGGGCCAGGUGGCGCUAAACCGGCGCCGCAAGCUGGAGCGGUGCGCCGCCCCGGCCUGCCUGAGGGCGCACGACUUCAUCAGCCAGUACCGCAAGAGGGUGCCUCUCAGGGCCACUGCGUCCUCUUCAAACAAGCAGGCGGACGUCUGGAAACAGAAGAGGGCCACCAUGCCGGUGCCGCAAAAGAUCGAGGUGGAGAGGCUGGCGAGCGUGCGGGAGCGCCCCGAGCCCACGUCGGACCCGACGCCCGUGGUGGUGCAAGAGUACCUGCUGGAGACCGAGCAGGCAUCGGGCAAGCUCACCCAGGUCACCAUCCUGCAGAGGCCCACCGACGAGCAGUUCUUCGGCAAGCUCUAUGUCGACCGCGACGGCCACAGCCGGGGCACCAGCUGCGAGUUCAAUCUUGGCAGUCAAGAUAAUGUGAACAGAUACCUGAACCAGUUCCGGGAGAUCUUCACAGAGGAGGGGCGCAAGCCGGUCAAGAUCACCCAUCUGGUGCCCGGUCAGGCCCCCGUCGUGAAGCACACCCAUGGUGCGCCGCCACCUGACCUGCCCUGCGAGGCCACGGACGCACCGCAGCAGCAAGCCCCCAAAGUUGCACACAGGAGGGACUCUCAGGGUGCCUCAGUGGGCCACACAGCCGCCGCCACAUUGUGUGCCAAAGAGCCCAAGCCCCCCGUGAGCAUAGCAGCCCAGCCGUCCGAAGUGGUUAGCCUGCCAAACCUCGGCCUCACCGCUCAGAACAUGGGCCUGCACAACCUGGUGUCCCUGGCCGGCGUGAACCUGUCCUCGGGGCUGCCCGUGCCCAUUUCGCUGACCAUGGUGCCCGUGACCCAGUCUAGCGUCCUGGUUGGGACGGCCGGCUCCCUGCACGCGCAGGAGCAGCCUGGGCAGCAGCCCCAGCAGCCCUGUGCCAGCCAGGGGGCCAGCGUGGGUACCUCGGCAGUCAUCGUGUCCUCGGGGAUGGUGAACCCGGCCUCGACGGUGCUCACCUCCGGCUCCGGGGUGCUCUCGAUGCCCCUGAGGGUGACCACCCUGGGCACCCAGGCCCUUACCGCCCAGCUGGUGGGCACGGGCAUGGAGGGGACCACCCAGGGACAGCCCCUGUCCUUGCUACAAGUGCCUGGCGGACAGCAGACUCUGAUCGGAACAUUGCCACGGCACACCAUGCCGACCGCCGGUCCGACCGGCGGCCACAGCAACCCGCAACUGCAGAUGGCACUCCAGAAGCAGCUCCAGAGGCAGCAGGGCUCGACCGCACCAGCCAGCGCCGGUCGGCCGCGCAACCGCAAGAAGCCGGGAAAAACGUAGCGGCAGCCCCGCCGCUUUUUAACACGAGACGCCCGCCGCGCCCAUUUUAGGACAGUUGCCUUCCUUCCCAUUUUUAAAGCUUUUAAAAGAUUGCAUCUGGCCAAUAGUACCACCUAGGGGACAAGGCCUCCUCCUUUCACCCCCAAGCAUCACCAUUAGUGAAUCCACGCAGCCUAGCUCGCGUCAAUGUCACCGCCUUCACCUCUCGACACGUGACGUGUACGCGUCUGCCGCCUUGCGGCGACUCUUGUUGAGCUUUGGCAUGUUUGUUGCUUGGGGCCGGUCGGAAGUCCGCCGACGAUGACGUCAUGUGCGGGCCUUGUUUCCUAGCUGGUAUUCAUCUGGCCCAACCAUUUUUACCUGGAGCCGUCAUUUUUUUAAACGGGCGUCCCAUCGUCGUCACCUUGGGGCGUUUGUUCCGGAACUGCCAUCGCAUAGUUAUUUUUUCCGAGUCGACGCAGACUCCUGACCAUCGCAAACGCCUGUACAUACUGCACACACGGAAUGUGGAAGCGGCACGAGCGUCUAUAUUAUAUAUACAACCGAGCUUCGUCCGGAGGAAGACUCGUCAAGGCCGUCUGUGUUUUUAGCAACGACCCAAUAAAGGGUUCUUGCGUGC